AUGACGAACAGCAAAUGGUCACCCGAUAGAGAUUUCAUGCUGCACAACUGGAAGAUUAAUCAACUGAGAACGUAUAAGAAGAGGGACUUGCCCCUCAGGUUACAUGGGCCGUCGAAAGGUGAAUGGUAUGUCCCGUUCAAAGGCCCAAUACAACUCCAUCUUUGUGUACCAGGGAACACUACGUGGAGUUACGAUGAGAACCUAAUCGAGAGUAAACAGAAAAUUGACAAGAAACUUGCGACGCUCUACGAUCGAAUAGAAAAAGACCGAUUGAGAAGCUUGGUCAGAAUCGCGAAGUUCUUUUGA